AUAAUAGAGACUAAAAAAUAAAGGAAAAAAAACGGUGACAGGGCGGAACUGUUCUUUGAUGUUUAACGUUUCAUGGGGACAGCUGAUGAUGAAGGAAUUCAUCGAGCAGCGCGGUGCAUGUUGGGUACGGGUAGUCAGUGACCGGGUAGCCGGUCUUCCGAAGGUGCUGGCUGGGGUCCAUUGCUCUGAACUGUCCUCUUCGCCUCUCCGACUUGUUAAGCGGGCGGUUUGGCAGGAAAAGGCAGGCGUGUUGUGAUACUGUCACAUCUGCGUAACUGCUGGCUGUUCAUGGUCAGGGUCGACGUGUGUUGCGGAGCGGUUGUUUAUUAAAAACUCUAGGGGCUGCUGCAGCUUUUGAUAAUCGUAGUUUACAAAGUCGUGGGAACUUGGGUUAAGCCCGUUGAAUCGAUUAAUUCAAGCAGUUUGUCCAAAUGGAAGUGUUCUCCAGGCUGCUCUCUCGGAGUUGUCUAUGGAGGACACUGGAUCGAAGAGUCGUGGUCUCCGCCGUACUUCUCGCCCCCUGCUACGUCCGUAGACAUCCAUGCACUCGAAGCCUCGCCUUCCUGUGGCGGCGGACAGACUGGGUCGCUCACCGGGCCUGCCGUUGGCGGAGGUCGAGUCCCAACAUUGUCUUCUGUCGCCAUAGAGCAAUGGAGACGUCACAGGCUGCGCUGUCAAGCGUGGUACCCGUGUUUUCAGUUAUGAAAUUUGACACGGAAGGGAAUGUGACUUCAUUUGAGAAGAAAAAGACAGAGCUGUACCAGGACCUUGGCCUGCAAGCACGAGACCUGCGGUUUCAGCACACCACCAGCAUCACUGGGAGGAACAACCUCAUCAUCAUGCGCAUGGAGUCUCUGAAGGCCGUGGUGACGCCGCACGUCCUGCUGAUCCUGGACUUCCGUGGUUUGGGGCUGGAACGCUGGCUGCUGUAUGAGUUGGCCCCGCAGCUGGCGGGAGAGGGACCCCUGGCCACCUACUCUCUGCCUUUCGAAUUCAGAGUCAUUGAAGCUAUACUACAGCAUCGACUGAGUAACCUGCAGACCCGGCUGAAUGAGGUACAGCCACUCAUCCUGGACACGCUUGAGUCCCUGGUGGAUCCGAAGCUCCUCUCUGCAGAUCGCAGCCAGCUGCACGUGCUCCUGCAGAACAGCAAGAGCCUGUCAGAGCUGGAGACGGACAUCAAAGUCUUCAAGGAGUGUCUGCUCAAGAUCCUGGACGAGGAUGAGCUCAUUGAGGAGCUCUGUCUAACCAAGUGGACGGACCCCCAGGUGUUUGAGGAGAGCAGCCAAGGCAUUGACCAUGCUGAUGAGAUGGAGCUGCUCCUGGAGAACUACUUCAUGCAAGCGGAGGAUCUGGGCAACAAGACUCGAGAGCUGAAGGGGCUCAUUGAUGACUGCGAAAGCGUCAUCUUCAUCAACCUGGAUAGUCACCGGAACGUAAUGAUGCGUCUGAACCUCCAGCUCACCAUGGGCACCUUCUCGCUCUCCCUCUUCGGCCUAAUCGGGGUGGCCUUUGGUAUGAACCUCGAGUCUUCCUUUGAAGAGGAUCCCCGUGUUUUCUGGCUGGUGACAGGCUUCAUGUUCCUGGGCAGCGGACUGAUUUGGAGGCGGCUGCUGUCAUUCCUGGGCCGGCACCUUGUCCCAUCCUCUCCACCCACGAUCCCACCCGUGUGGAAGAGGGGUCAGGUGAACAGCCUCAGAGGGGCUGAGUCUAGGGCUGGGGUGAAAUGAGGGCUUCUCAUUGGAGAACGCCAUACAUCGCUAGCCAAUCAAAGCUGCUCUCACGCUGCUGGGGAAAUAGAGCUUUGUUUUCUAGCCAUUUGUGAGUGGGGAAAAAAAACUAUUUCACAGUGAUUAUAACCAGUAAUCACUACUGACAGCCAAAGAAGGUUUCUGUUAUGUGUUCUGUAACUGUACUUAUUUUAAUUAUGAAUAUUUUUGUUUUGUUAAAAUGUUUUUAUAUCUAUAGAUUACCCACUAAAGCACAAGUCCAUUCUUACCUUUGGCCAGUGAGAAUAUUAAGGAAUUGGAUACAUUCAAGAAAACAUAAUUCUUGAUAAAGACAUUCUAAUCCCACAGUAUUUUCCACAUUUCUAAAAUGUUCACUUAGGCUUGUAAAAUGUCUGUGUUGAUGGGAGGGACACCAGUUUCCCUUUGGUAAUCUGUUGUCUCUGUGAAAUGUAAUUAACACCUUAUUUAUGUGCCUCUGCGGUAAAGGUACUGUUGCACCUCAGCAAUUAUUCGUUUUCAUCUCUCUUGUAGUCGAGAUAUUUGCAGUUCUCGUUUGACAAAUUUAUCUGUCAAAACAGUGAGUGAUGCUUUCGCCUCAGGCUAGAAACAGAGUUAUCCAGUUGUUGGGUCGUAUGUGCGAGUUGCAAUGCAAUAAAUUGCGAUGACAUUGUGUGUCAUUCAAAUGUAGUGUAACUGGAGCACAUAAUGUUGGGUACAGUUUUAUCCAAGUCAUUGUUUCUCACACUGAUCUCUGGGGACCUCCCAGCGGUGAGGGAGCAAAAAUGCGGACUGUCUGGCAGAGUGCUGGGGGGUGAGCAAAAAUGUGGACUGUCUGGGGGUCCUCGAGGCCCGCGCUGGGAAAUACUGGUUUAAGUAUUACAUAUUGUUGUCCUGUAUGUACUGGACAUGUUUUAGGAACUAAAAUAAGAUUAUGGGGAAUGAAUGUUAUAACAGUAGUGUACUGGUUAUUAACAGCGUGUGUACUUGUACCCCCAAUGGCAAAUUGUUUUUGUUGAGCUUAUCUUUCAGAAAGUUAUCCGAAGCUGUACAUGAAAUGCGACACUGAGAUUCAAAUGACAUUAUUUUCUGAAUAAAAGUGAUAAAAUACUUAAA